UCUUUAAUUUAAAAAAAUGACAGUUCAGCUUUGCCUCUUGUCUGCGUGUGUCGCUAUUCUUGGUGAGCGGGAAAUUAUCGAUGUUCGUGGAUAAUGGGCAAUUUCGGAUUCUAUGUGGCUGUGGAAGUUUGAUGAUCUGAUGUGGAGAUCGUGAUUAGAUCUAGAUCUAGUGACUCAGCUCUUGCAGAAAGACUGUGUUUGGUUUAAGUAACAAAAGUGAAAAGGAACACGUGAAGAUCCAAUAGCAGUCGUUUGGUGCUGGAGAAAAGCAAAAUUGACAGCCCGAAUAAACAGAGGGAAAGAGCAAAAGUGGGAUUGACCCGUGACACUAUAUAUUUCUGACCAGCCCUUUCAGAUAUAGUGUGUGAGGCGUUGCUUUCAGUGUCGUUUCUGUUUUAUUUGAAAAAGGACGAUGGCUUUUUACUUUUCUCAAAUGGACACUGCCAACCGAGGAAGGAUGAAAACCGGGCACUGGCAGAGAAGGGAGAGCAGAUCGAGGAGCUACGGCGUCAGAUAGAGAUGAUCUCUCGCCUGCAGGAGGUGGUCAAAACACAGGCCAAUGCGGACCCUACGGAUAUGCUACACGCCUCACGGGCAACCAGAUACGGCGUGGACCUCGAGGGGUCAGAGUUCAGAGAAGUAUCAAAAAUGAGCAAGGCUCAACUGCGAAUCAUGGCAGAGAGAGAAAGGUUCAGCGCCAAAAACCUCUUCAACAAUCGCCGAAGAGUCGCCAACUCCGGCCACGAACUAAACUCGAGGCUCCUCCCAACGACGGCGCUACACACGCCGCCAGAUCACGUGGUCCGACCACUGUCGCGUGAAGGCCAAGGUGAAGGUCACAAGAGCGGCUGCGGCAGCAGAAGCAACAACAACGUGAACAACAACAGCAGCAACAACACCAGACCGCUGAACCUGAGGCCGAGCAGCAUGCCAGGGAGAACUCGCCCUAAGUCCGCAGUCAGCGGGAAGGGUUAUCUCCGAGACACACAGGCGUCCCAGAAAGGUCGGCCCAUGACCGCCGGCGCCAACAGGUCGGAUGACGUCAUCAAAUACGACGACCUGCUCCCGCCAAGGUCGCAGAGCGCGUUCAGGUCAAGGUCACGACGCGAGCUCGAGCUUCUGAGUCGUCUCCAGCCCAGAGAGGACGAGAACGCCUUGGACGAGGACGGGAAGACGAACUGGCGCGUGGUGCUGGAGUCCAGGAGGCGGAGACGUCUGCAGGAACUGAGGACGGAGGGGGAGAAGCUGCAGGGCAGAGUACACAGCUUCUUAUCGGAGAUGGACCGCUUCAAUAAACGACCGUUUUCUGCCUGGCAGUAAUUGAUCAUAGCUGGAGAGUGUUCGGGGAGGAAGAGGCCACAACAUCCUACUUGGAUCGGAAGAAGAACUCGCAACAUCCUAAUGGGGUUAGGGGUCCCUUCCAACAAACGACCCCCCCCCCCUCCUCCUCUCUCUACCUGUCAAUGACUUUUGCAAAAGGAGCACGAAGGUUGUGUAGGAGAAGUCUUUCUAUCUUUACAUUACAUCUGCUUAUUUUUACUGUCUCAGUGUUCCUUAGAGCCGUGUUGAUAUUUAUUAAAGUUUUUUGCUCAUGACAAUUCAAGAAA